AUGUCUGGGAAAGAUAGAUUAGCUAUUUUUCCAUCCAGGGGGGCUCAGAUGUUAAUGAAAGGUAGAUUAAAAGGAGCACAAAAAGGUCACAGUCUGUUAAAGAAAAAAGCAGAUGCUUUGCAAAUGAGAUUUCGUAUGAUAUUAUGUAAAAUAAUAGACACAAAAACGCUGAUGGGAGAAGUCAUGAAAGAAGCUGCAUUUUCAUUGGCCGAAGCAAAGUUCACGACUGGAGAUUUCAAUCAAGUCGUACUUCAGAACGUAACUAAAGCCCAAAUUAAAAUUCGAACUAAAAAGGAUAAUGUAGCAGGUGUUACUUUACCAGUUUUUGAAAGUUAUCAAGAUGGUACUGACACUUAUGAACUUGCCGGUUUGGCUAGAGGUGGUCAACAAUUGGCAAAAUUAAAGAAAAAUUAUCAAGCUGCUAUAAAACUAUUGGUCGAACUAGCUUCACUUCAAACUUCAUUUGUUACACUCGAUGAAGUUAUUAAAAUAACAAAUCGAAGAGUUAAUGCAAUCGAACAUGUUAUAAUUCCACGUAUCGAACGAACCUUAUCGUAUAUCGUGUCGGAAUUAGACGAAUUGGAGCGUGAAGAAUUUUACAGAUUAAAAAAAAUACAGGAUAAGAAAAAGAUAGCCAGAGCAAAAGUCGAAAGUCAAAAGAAAACCGUAAAUUGGGAUCAGGCUCCGAAUAAUUUAUUAGACGAAGGAGAUGAAGAUUUAUUGUUUUAA